AUGAUAGUCGUCCAUUGGUUAGCCGCAUCACCCAACCGAUGGAAAAAGUUUGUGGCUAACCGAGUAGCCGAAAUUCAACAGACCACUACACCCGGAACCUGGGGUCACGUGGCGAGGAUCGAAAAUCCAGCCGAUGCUAUUUCACGUGGUAUGAGUGCAGCACUACUAAUCGAUUUCGACAUUUGGUGGCAAGGUCCGGCGUGGCUGAACCAACCGAAAAGAUUCUGGCCAAAUAUUGUUCGGACAUCCGACUGUAUCUUCGACGCAGAUCAACUAGAGGAGAAACCCGCAACCUCGCUACCAAUUGUGCACGAAGCCUUGAGCAUCUUCAAGCUGAAAUCAUCAUUGACCGACCUCGUCAAUAUAAUAUUAAAGGACAGAAGAUCCCGCCAGAAUGGACUACUCACCACAGUAGAGCUGGAGAUGGCUCUCCAAAACCUCGUACGAGUAUCACAGCAGGAAUCAUUCCCUAAUGACAUUGGAAGCAUAAAAUCGUCGGGCCAAGUGAAACCAACUUCAAAGCUCAAAUCGCUGUCUCCAAUUCUCGUCGACGGUAUACUACGAGUUCGAGGUCGCUUACACAAUGCUCCAAUUCCAUAUAGUCAAAAACAACCGAUGAUUCUUGACAGUAAACAUCCUUUGACGCUGCUGAUAGUACGACACUAUCAUGUUAAGUUUUUGCACGCAGGACCUCAGCUGCUGAUGGCAGCAGUGCGAUCGAAAUUUUGGCCUACUAGACUUCGUAAUCUUGCUCGUACCAUAACUCAUCGUUGCCUGAAUUGCUUCCGCUGCUUUCGGAGCAAAUAA